CAUUAGAUACAGGGAUCACUUGGUGAAAGGAUCAGGGCAGUGCUAAUAACUCACACUUCGGGAAGGCAGAGAGUAGCCCUGUGCUGGAUAACUGAUGAGACACAGGGUGCACUGUCGAAGUCGAGCUAAAUCAAGACUCAGAAUUCUCUGUGGAAACUUGAAAGUAUCUUUGCUGGGUUUGCUGCCACUUAAACGUUUGGCAAGGUGACAGAUCCCUUUUGAAACACCAGUAGCCUUUUGUGAAGGCUACUUUUUGAAUCUGGCAAACAGGAACCUACGCAGGUGCACAGCGUUCAGUUCUGGGAGUAUUGACCAGCCUUUGUACUUAUUAAAGUUUCAUCAUAGGUGAUUGUAACAUGAGUUCCUCAAGGAUAAUGGACCCUAAGGUGCGAGAGACUGAAGGAGAUGGAGAGGACACUUCAGGAAAGAAAAAAUCAAAGUUCAAAUCUUUCAAAAAGUUUUUCGGUAAAAAGAAAAGGAAAGAGACGCCGUCUUCUGCAAGCAGCAAUCUGAAGUUGUGCCAGUCAACAAGUGAUGUUGCGGCCUCUCAUGAAAUGCGCAUUAAUUAUGACUCUGAAGAUGAACUUGAGACACAUAAAGGCGUUAUGGGAAGCAGAGCUUUGUCACAUGAUAGCAUUUUCAUCCUUGAGACUGGGCAAGAGCCUGCAAGGCCAGUAAGAGUGUUUUCUCAAGAAAACAUUUCUGACCGGAUUAGAGCUUUACAGCUGAAACUCCAGCCUACCAUGAAAUUGGGACCUCCACCUCCGUUUGGACUUCAUGCAAAGCGAACAGAGGAUGCUGGGACCAGUUCUGAAGAUGAUGGAUUACCCAGAAGCCCUCCAGAAAUGUCUUUGCUCCAUGAAAGCCUAAACUCAGGCACAAGAACAAGAUUCUUUGACUCUCACAAGCACCUUAGCUCUUUGAGUUUAGCUGGAACAGGCAGUGAAGAAGAAGAACAGGUUACAUUGCGUCCUUCUAGAGCUCAUUCUACAGAUGGUCAGCUGUUCACUAGGCAUGGAAGUGCCAAAACUGGAUCUCCGCAGACAUCUGACAGUACCAUCUCACCUACUGCCAAUUUUGACACUCCACCUGAACUUUCCGUUUUCUUGGAUAAUUCUGCUGCUAAACAUAAGCUUUUAAUAAAACCCCGGAACCAGAGAUCCAGUAAAAUGAGAAGAUUUUCUCAGAGGACCCAGUCUGAAUCUCUGACUGAUUUGAGCUGUACCCCAGAAGAAGAAGAAGAAGAAGAGGAUGAUGCUGUAUUCAAACCCAGCAAUCAAGAACUGCCAUGGAGCACAGCUGCAACGCAGGAUGUGGUUUCCUGGCCAAAGCCCAGAAUGCCUGAGGACCUCCCCCCUGCUUUGAGACCAGUGAUGACUCAGCCUGCUUCUGAGCCUGCUGCUGUACAGGAAGCCCUGCUUCCAGAUAAUAAGCCGCAGGACUGCCAACCAAUGCUGGAAACAACAUGUGAGGAGUCUGAGUCCUCAUUGCUGAUAGAAGACAAAGAGCCCGCAACUUCUUCCUACUCCAGUCCAGACACAGAAGUACAAAAGCAAGAAGAUUCCUCAGAAACAGUGGGUCUGUUGUCUGGGGAUGUGAGUGAUGUGUCAAUCAAUAUUUUAAAUCAAGAAAAUAAGGAGCAUCCUACUGUGUUUCCAGUAAAUAAAAUACCAUCCGAAGAAAAUAUUUCAAUUAGUAAGAAUAGUGUUGUUUGCUUGGGAAGGUCAGAAGAAAAUAUACAAAAGGAUGAUCAGGUACCUGUGGAAAUGCCCUGUAGGGAAGAUGCAAAGAAGGAGUUUACUCUAUUGUCAGAGUCCAGCAAGGAUUUUUUCGUGGGUUCUUCCCAGCCCACAGACUCAUUCCAUGUUUCACAUCCUGCUUCCUCAGUGUGGAUGGGAUCAUCUACUUCCUGCUCUCUAGAGAAAAUAAAGACUGCACAAGAGGCAGCUGCUUCUGGUAAGGAGAACAGUCAGUCACUGGUCCACAAGGAGGAACUAUUGGGGAAGAAAGCUGAAAAGGCAGUCAAUGAACUCAGUGCCUUCAGAAAGUUUUCUGUUUCCUCUGCACGGGAGAGACCAAGAACCAGAAGCCUACACUUCCCAGAAAGAUCAGAGUUGGAAAACCCGUUAAAUACUGGAUUCUUGCUGUCCAAAGAAAAGGUCUCCUCAAGAAAUGAGAAGUGGAAAGAAGACUUGCAGAAGGGAUCAGAGCUGGAUGAGGAAAAAAGUAGCAACAAAAAGCAGACUUCGCUGGCAGAGUCUGACUCUGAGAGCACAGAACCUACAGAAAUUUUGUCUGGUUAUGUUUCUCCGGCUGUUGAUGCAGUGCUGAUGCCAAGCAAUUCUUCAGUGGUAUCCCAGAAUCAGCCAAGCUGUAAAGAAAAAAGUCCUUUUCAAGUGAAACUUAGGUCCACCUCACUGUCCUUGCAAUACAGAGACAACUCAUCACCAGAAUCAAAAGGGACUAAAAGAUACAGUGCAGAAUUUAAUUUAGAAAAUGAGGGAUUGACUUCUUUUCUAAAAGGUGAUAAGGCAGAGAUCAAAAAAUCGGCCAAUACAAAUAUUGGUGAUUCUUUAAAUGAAAAGAUCAAACCCAUAGCAAAGUCCUCUGAACAACUUAGCAGCAAACCUCCAUUGCCUAAAAAGCCAGCAUUGCAAAACAUAACCAUCCCAAACACUACUGCAAACAAGGAAAAGCAGGACAAAGCUAUGCAUUCUCCCAAAUCCAGAAGUGAAGACAGAGACUUGGAGAAACAGUCAAAUCCUGGUAAAGUGCCUGGGUGUUUUCAUGUCCUCGGACCAAUCAGCAUAUUGAGCAAGUGUGAGCUGAAGCUGAUUACAACUCUUUUUCCUAUAACCAUGUACAUAAAUAAUUUGUCAACAGAGAAAAGUGUGCCUCCCCCUGUGCCUACUGGAGACUCUGGAAGAGAUCCUGACGCUCCAUCAGAGCCAGCCUGGAUUUCCAUUGCAAGGCAAAAGCAGAAGGGCAUGCAGCAGGAGAAGGAACUUGACAGAGAAAAGCUUGUGGCUCCGGAUAUUAAGUCAGAUACAGAGAAACAGAAUAAAGAAAAGGAACAGACAGAGGGGUCAGCAAAGCAACAAUGGAGCAAAACAUCCCACUUGGCAACUAAAGUCACUUCUGAGGAGCAGAGGAAAGACACAAAGUCUGAAGCGAAGGAGCCUCUGCUGAGAACCAAUUCACUGUCGCAUUAUGUCCCUGUAGCUCCAUCACCUGCACUGGUGGAUAAGGAGGAAAUAGGCCACUUGAAGAAAGCCAGUAAUGCUGCUCCAGAUGAGCCAUCGUGGAUGGAACUGGCCAAAAAGAAAUCUCAAGCUUGGAGUGAUAUGCCACAGAUUAUAAAAUAGAAUGAUGCAAACAAAUAGCAUCUGUCAUAAUUAAGUCAACUACUUAACUGAACUUCUACAUACCAACUAAUCACAGUGAAGAAUCUCUUGAUACAGAAGAAGGGUUUUAUUAUACAGCUGUGGAGAAAGUGUGCAAUAGGUGCAGUCAAAAAGUUUACCUUCAACUUUCUAGCAAUCAGGAUUGCAAUGGCAAUGGAUUCCUUCAAUUAUGCUAAGAACAUACUUAUACUUCGGAAAAUAAAACUUUUGCCUUACGUA